AACAAAGAAAAAAAAGGAAAAAAGCAAGAGUAUUUGUUCUCCACUUUGUGUAACUUUAAAAUUGAGUAUUGAAAUGAUCCCUUAAAAAUGAUCUCCACUUUGUGUAACUUUAAAAUUGAGUAUUGGUUCCCUAGUGUGACUUUUUCGUCGGAUUUGGUUUAUGAUUUGCAGGGUAUUAGAUUCGGUCGGAGUUUAUCCAGUGUACAACGUUAAGAUAUUAUUAAUGGCACACGAUUCGGAGAAAUCGCUACUCUCAAAUGACGUCGAAUUAUUACCAAAAACGCGUUUCUGGGAAUCCCUAGAAAUCGUCCGUUGGGAAGGUUUCUGGUUCCCUUCUCAUGUCGUCAAACCGGCGAUGAAAUUCCGGUCCACCUUCGCCGCCGGAGACGGCGACGUUCUCCUCACCUCCGCCAUGAAAACCGGCACCACGUGGCUCAAAUCCCUCGCCCUCUCCUGCACCCAACGCGGCGGCGACGGCGACGGCGACGGCCUCGCCGGCAACCACCCUCACGUCCUCGUCCCGACCGUCGAAGCCGUCGAUUACUACAACGAAGCCCUCGAAUUCGACAUCUACGACGCGCCGGCGCCGCGAUUGCUUCACACGCACCUCCCUUACUCCCUACUCCCCGAUUCCGUCAAGACAUCCUCGUCCUCCAUGAAAAUUGUGUACCUCGCCCGGAACCCUAAAGAUACCCUAAUUUCCACGUGGCAUUUUUACAACUCAAUUCUACGGCCAAUCCCGAUCGAUAAGGCCGUCGAUUCCUUCUGCUCCGGUUUCUGUAACUACGGGUCGUUCUUCGACCACGUGGCGGAGUACUGGAUCGAGAGCCGGAAACGGCCUGAGAAGAUCCUGUUUCUCAAGUACGAGGAGCUGAAGAGCAAUCCGAAAGCGGAGGUUUCGAAAAUGGCGGAAUUCAUGGGAAAGACGUUGGGGAGUGAGGAUGAGGUGGAGAAGAUUAUGUGGAGAUGCAGCUUGGAGAGAUUAAGGAAUCUUGAGGUGAAUAAGAAAGAAUCCGCAAUAAAGAACGUUCCUAACGGGUCGUUCUUUAGGAAAGGAGAAGUCGGGAAUUGGAAGGAUUACUUAACGCCUGAAAUGGCAGAAAGAAUCGACCAAAUAACAAGGCACAAACUUGAGGGGAUAGGGCUCUUUCUUUGAUUUCGAUGAUAUCGAAACUUGUUGAGAAAUGACAAUGAGUGUGUCUCAAUGUGAUUUCAAAUUGAAAUCAUU